GCUGGAGCAUCCUCAGUCACCACUUUUGAUGUGAAGAUGACCAAGCUGGGGUUUCUCCGGCUCUCCUACGAGAAGCAGGACACUCUGCUCAAGCUCCUCAUCCUGUCCAUGGCAGCCGUGCUCUCUUUCUCCACGAGGCUCUUCUCUGUCUUAAGGUUUGAGAGUGUCAUCCAUGAGUUUGAUCCGUACUUUAACUAUCGCACAACCCGCUUCCUGGCAGAGGAGGGCUUCUAUAAAUUCCACAACUGGUUUGAUGACCGAGCAUGGUACCCCUUGGGCAGGAUCAUCGGUGGCACCAUUUAUCCAGGCCUGAUGAUCACAUCAGCAGCGAUUUACCAUGUGCUGCACUUCUUCCACAUCACCAUCGACAUCCGGAAUGUGUGCGUGUUCCUGGCUCCCCUCUUCUCCUCCUUCACCACCAUAGUGACUUACCACCUCACCAAGGAGCUCAAGGACGCAGGCGCAGGGCUCCUGGCUGCUGCUAUGAUCUCCGUGGUGCCCGGGUACAUCUCCCGAUCCGUUGCCGGCUCCUAUGAUAACGAAGGUAUUGCCAUCUUCUGCAUGCUGUUAACUUACUACAUGUGGAUCAAAGCUGUCAAAACUGGCUCCAUCUAUUGGGCAGCCAUGUGUGCUCUGGCCUAUUUCUACAUGGUCUCCUCGUGGGGUGGCUACGUCUUCCUGAUUAACCUCAUCCCCUUGCAUGUUCUUGUGCUGAUGCUGACCGGGCGCUUCUCCCACAGGAUCUACGUAGCCUAUUGCACUGUCUACUGCUUGGGAACCAUCCUCUCCAUGCAGAUCUCUUUUGUUGGCUUCCAGCCUGUCCUCUCCUCGGAGCACAUGGCUGCCCUUGGAGUCUUUGGCUUGUGCCAGAUCCACGCCUUCGUUGACUACCUUCGGAGCAAGCUGAACCCACAGCAGUUUGAAAUCCUCUUCAGGAGUGUCAUCUCCCUGGUUGGCUUCGUGCUCCUCACUAUUGGGGCUGUGCUGAUGCUGACAGGGAAAAUCUCCCCGUGGACGGGGCGUUUCUACUCCCUCCUGGAUCCUUCCUAUGCAAAGAACAACAUCCCCAUCAUCGCCUCGGUCUCGGAGCACCAGCCCACCACCUGGUCCUCCUAUUACUUUGACCUGCAGCUCCUCGUGUUCAUGUUCCCAGUUGGUCUCUAUUACUGCUUCAGCAACCUCUCGGAUGCCCGCAUUUUCAUCAUCAUGUAUGGCGUGACCAGCAUGUACUUCUCUGCUGUGAUGGUGCGUCUCAUGCUGGUGCUGGCCCCGGUGAUGUGCAUCCUCUCUGGCAUCGGGGUUUCUCAGGUGCUGUCCACCUACAUGAAGAACCUGGAUAUCAGCCGGCCAGACAAGAAGAGCAAAAAGCAGCAAGACUCCACCUACCCCAUCAAAAACGAAGUUGCCAGUGGCAUGAUCCUGGUCAUGGCUUUCUUCCUGAUCACCUACACCUUCCACUCCACCUGGGUGACGAGCGAGGCGUACUCGUCCCCCUCCAUCGUGCUCUCUGCCCGUGGUGGGGAUGGCAGCAGGAUCAUUUUUGAUGACUUCAGAGAAGCUUAUUACUGGCUGCGGCACAACACACCAGAGGAUGCAAAGGUGAUGUCCUGGUGGGAUUACGGGUACCAGAUAACCGCCAUGGCCAACAGGACCAUCCUGGUGGACAACAACACCUGGAACAACACGCACAUCUCCCGUGUUGGUCAGGCCAUGGCAUCAACGGAGGAGAGAGCCUACGAGAUCAUGCGGGAGCUGGAUGUCAGCUAUGUGCUGGUCAUCUUUGGAGGCCUCACUGGGUACUCAUCUGAUGACAUCAACAAGUUCCUGUGGAUGGUGCGGAUCGGGGGCAGCACGGACACAGGGCGCCACAUCAAGGAGCACGACUACUACACCCCUACGGGGGAGUUCCGGGUGGACCGCGAGGGCUCCCCGGUGCUCCUCAACUGCCUCAUGUACAAGAUGUGCUACUACCGCUUCGGCCAGGUCUACACUGAGGCCAAGCGACCGCCGGGCUACGACCGGGUGAGGAACGCUGAAAUCGGCAACAAGGACUUUGAGCUGGAUGUGCUGGAGGAGGCAUACACCACAGAGCACUGGCUCGUCCGGAUAUACAAGGUGAAAGAUCUGGAUAACCGCGGCUUGUCGAGGACGUAGAGGUGCUGAUGGCCUCCUCCCACCGCACUGACCCAGCCUUUGCCUGUGAAGCAGAAACGUUUUGGGGGGGGGGGGGGGGGUGGUUGGUUUUGGGGUUUUCUUUCGGGGGAAUUGGUUGUUUUCCUUUUGUUUUAUACAGUUUGUAAGCAGAGGCAGCAGUGGGGCCUCCCCGCCCCUCCCUGCCUGCCGGGGAGUGAUUUUUAUACACGAAGCAGUCGCCAAAUCGGGAAUAACGGCUUUAAUGGGGAGUUAUGAAUAAUAAAAGAUAAAAAAGG